AUGAUCCUGUUUGAGGCCUUUUCCCCUAGUCUGUGUUGUAUUGUGGCUCUGAUCAUCCUCAGCCUGCAAGCAAUGAGCACUGCGUGUAGUUCGUCAGAAUGGAAAAAGCAAGCGGCUGUCGGAUACAAGCCAAAGCCGGGAGAUGGAUUCCAGGGCAAGAUCGGCGCUUUGAUCAAUCUCUGGCCUCUUUGUCCCGCGAAGACUUGCUUAUCCAAUGACAUAUAA